AUGCAUGGCUACCACAAUGAGCCAAUCCAGUUAGUUGAGCAUCGAAGAACGGAAGACACGACACAGGGAGAAGCUGCAGCGGAGGAUUUCAUUCAGAGACUACAGGAUGCCACGGAGUUUGCGCAAGCAGCGAUAGCAAUGGCCCAGGAAAUACAGCAAGCGCAAGCCAACAAGCACAGGACAGCCGCACCGAGAUACAAGCCUGGGGAUUGGGUAUACCUCAACUUGAGAAAUGUCAAAACAUCGCGACCCUGCAAGAAGCUCGAUUGGUUACAUGCCAAAUAUCAAGUGCUCGCGGAAGUCAGCCCACAUGCCUACAGGUUGGAUGUGCCUGGACGCAUCCAUCCAGUCUUUCACGUCGAUCUACUCCGGCCAGUCCCUAGAGACCCAUUGCCUUCGCAGAAAAUCAAUCAAGAGAGUGCCCCGCCGGUGCUGGUGGACGGCCAAGAGAUGUACCAGGUCGAAAGAAUUCUGGAUGAAAGAAUGGAAGGUACGCAUAAGAAGGUGCUCGUAAAAUGGCAUGAUUACUCGCAGCCUACGUGGGAGCCCCUUGCCACUAUUCGACACACUGAUGCAUGGAAGCAAUGGAAGAAACAUCAAAAGAGUGUCACCUUCUCAAGUCAUCUUCACACAGAUUGCCACGAUCCCACGGAAGAGGAAACGUUGGAAGGGAGGGAGGUAAUGUAA